GACCAACGCGAACACAAACGCCAACCACGAGAAGUCGCACAACUCUAACACCAACACAAACGACAGUUCCAGUCUGCGACGAAGAUGUUUACCUGAGCAGGUACUUCGACUGCGGCCUCAAGUUCGCCUUCAAUAUGGAAAACGUCAGCGCCGGAGCCGGCUUGAAUUACCAGUGCGACGUGUGCAGCAUCGUGAAGGAGCAUAAGGCUUGCCUUGUUACGAUCAGGAAGGCGUCUCACUGUGACGACGACGAGAUCGGAAUCAAGGCGGUCCUCGACUACAUCAACCAAGAAAUAUGGUCUGCCGGAGGCGUCCCCUGUCCCAAGGACAACUGCAAGAGGAAAACCGCAAGGAUACGGUUCCGGUCUUCGCGCCAGUUUUGUCACGUGCGCGAGUACGCCGGAACUUACUUCACGUGCGGCGCGAUCUUCCUGAAGAGCACCUACCCAACUCGCCCUCCAGUCAAGGAAGACUGCAGGUUGUACAGGGAUUUCCUAUCGUGCAUCCAGCUGCUCGCACCGUGUCGUUCCGCCAGCGACAUGGCAUCGUAUCUUGCUCACUUCACGACGGUGCUUACGGACGGCUACGAAGACCUGUGCAAAAAUCAAAACGUAACCGUGCCCUGCACCAAGCUGCGUCUGCUGAGGGCCUUCUUCUCCUGCGGCGUGACGUACUACCAGACACGCCACAAUAAUGCCCACUUGUACCGCAUGGCCCAGACUGGAGUGUGCGAAAUGUUGGCGACCUUCAGCAUGUGCGUGCACGCCGCCUCUAUCGGCUGCGACGAGUUUGCCGAGCUGGUCGCGAAGCUGAACCAGGUCGUCAAGUACAUUGCCAAAAGACACGGGCCAGCCUGUCUCGACCACGAAGAUGAGACGCCGCGUCGCUUCAUGCGGCUCGACUGGCAGACUUCGUGCGACCAGCCCAAGGCCAUCAGGGGCCUGGUGCUGUGCGGCGUCGCCUUCGACCGUAUGCUACCGUCGCCGCGGAAUGGCUCCGCCACUGCGAUGGACAAGCCGGCACGACUCGCUACCGUGUGCCCGCUGGUGCGAGAAAUGACCGACUGUCUGCGUUCGGCUGCCGAUGACAACGGCUGCUCGGAUUCCCGCAACCUCAAGUUCGAGAUAUCGGUGCUCCGAAAACAUUUGUUAUCGGAAUUCGAUGGCAAGUGCGACGCCACGGCUUCGGCUGAUAAAGAAUCCGAGCUGUACCCUACAGCGUGCAAGCUCAAGGAAUUCACCCAGGAAUGGGAAUCGUGCGACUGGAAGAUGCAAGACUACUACGAUGUUCCUUCGUACCGAGAUGGCGCCGUGAAUACGACAACGCGUAUCGAUGACGUGCCGCGGAACAAACUAUGCGCUGAGCUUGCCGGUCACCGCUCGUGCCUUGCCGAUUCGGCCGCUCGGCUCCACUGCCCGGGACUGGCACCCCAAGCAGCGGCCGUCGGCAACAGGCUGUUCAACCGACUCGACUACACCUUUUGCUCGGGCUGCGGACGCUGCAAGCUGCGACUCGUCGCAGUUCUCGCCACCGCAUCCGCCAUGAUGGCCCGACAAUUCGUAUAGAUUGGCGAUAUGCCUCCCAGCAAUUGUUUGCUCUGCCUCGUUGAAUAGAAGAGAAAUUUCAUGAGGAGGAGCGAUGAGGUUCAUUGAGCUGAUAUGAC